GGUCACCGCAGUUGUCAGGAAUGUUUUGCCUCAGAAACAAAUGGCUUAGGGCCGACUCAACUUGGAAACAGAAAAACCCACCUCCUACUCCUGGCUCAAACCUUUGCUUUCUUAUCUGCAGCUCACACCUUUAAGUCUUAUGUAGUUAAAGGACAUUUAUCUAGGCAAGGAUUUUUCCACCUUCUUGGAGAACACAGCCCUCCAGUGUCUCCUGCAGCCUGAGCCUGGGACAUUCUGGAAGCAUGGAAGGCGUGGACUUGCUAGGGUUUCUCAUCAUCACACUAAACUGCAACGUGACCAUGGUGGGAAAGCUCUGGUUCGUCCUCACGAUGCUGCUGCGGAUGCUGGUGAUUGUCUUGGCAGGGCGACCCGUCUACCAGGACGAGCAGGAGAGGUUUGUCUGCAACACGCUGCAGCCGGGAUGCGCCAACGUUUGCUACGACGUCUUCUCCCCCGUGUCUCACCUGCGGUUCUGGCUGAUCCAGGGCGUGUGCGUCCUCCUCCCCUCCGCCGUCUUCAGCGUCUACGUCCUGCACCGAGGAGCCGCGCUCGCCGCGCUGGGCCCCCGCCGCUUCCCCGACCCCCGGGACCCGGCGAGACGCUGCCCGCGGCCAUGCAGGGGGCGCGGCGGCCCCCAGGUGCCCGACUUCUCGGCCGGCUACAUCAUCCACCUCCUCCUCCGGACCCUGCUGGAGGCAGCCUUCGGGGCCUUGCACUACUUUCUCUUUGGAUUCCUGGCCCCGAAGAAGUUCCCUUGCACGCGCCCUCCCUGCACGGGCGUGGUGGACUGCUACGUGUCGCGGCCCACGGAGAAGUCCCUGCUGAUGCUGUUCCUCUGGGCGGUCAGCGCGCUGUCUUUCCUGCUGGGCCUCGGGGACCUGGUCUGCAGCCUGCGGCGGCGGAUGCGCAGGAGGCCGGGACGCCCCACGAGCCCCUCCAUACGGAAGCAUAGCGGAGCCCCAGGCCACGCCGAGGGACGCUGGACUGACGAGGAGGGUGGGCGGGAGGAAGAGGGGGCACCUGCGCCCCCGGGUGCACGCGCCGGAGGGGAGGGGGCUGGCAGCCCCAGGGGUACAUCCAGGGUGUCAGGGCACACGAAGAUUCCGGAUGAGGAUGAGAGUGAGGUGACAUCCUCCGCUGGCGAAAAGCUGGGCAGACAGCCCCGGGGCAGGCCCCACCGAGAGGCUGCCCAGGACCCCAGGGGCUCAGGAUCCGAGGAACAGCCCUCAGCAGCCCCCAGCCGCCUGGCCGCGCACCCUUCCUGCAGCCGCCUGCAGCCCCCUGACCCGCCUGCCAGCUCCGGCGGUGCUCCCCACCGGAGAGCCAGGAAGUCUGAGUGGGUGUGAAAAAAACAGCACCUGGCCGUGCUCUGGGGCUCACGCCUGUAAUCCCAACGCUUUAGGAGGCCCAGGCAGGAGGAUCGUUUGAGAAUAUAUCUCCUUGCCCAGGAGUUUGAGACCAGCCUGGGCAACAUAAUGAAAGCCUCGUCUCUAUAAAAUAUCUAAAAAUUAGCUGGGCACAGUGGCUCCCGCCUGUAGUCCCAGCUACUUGGGAGGCUGAGAUGGGAGGAUCAUUUGAGCCUGGGAGAUCCAGGUUGCAGUGAGCCAAGAUCAUGGCACUGCACUGCAGCCUGGGCAACACAGUGAGACACU